AUGACAUUAGAAUCUGUUCUACAGCGUGCUAAUGAAAAGAAUUUAAGAUUCAAUGGUGACAAAUGUGAAUUUGAUAAACCAAGCAUCACGUUUUAUGGUCAUGUUUUCUCGAAGCAGGGUAUAUCCCCAUGUCCUAAAAAGAUCGAAGCGAUCAAGUCUCUCAAACCUCCAGCGAAUGUUUCUGAACUUCGUAGCUAUUUAGGAAUGGUAACAUAUUGCGGGAGAUUUAUCCAAGAUCUUGCAACACUGACUGCCCCAUUACGUAAACUUACAAAGAAGGACAUAAAAUAUGAAUGGAAAGAAUCACAACAACAUGCGUUUGAUACAUUACAAGGAAGAUUGAACGAGAAAACCACUUUAUCAUACUUUGACCCAUCAAAAGACACCAAGCUCAUUGUAGAUGCCUCUCCAACUGGUCUAGCGGCAAUAUUAAUACAAAAUACCCCCAGCCAACAUGACGAAACUGUCGUUGCAUAUGGCAGUCAUGUUCUUACAGAAGUAGAACAAAGAUAUAGUCCGACAGAACGCGAGGCAUUGGCAAUUGUUUUUGGCUGCGAAAAUUUUCGUUUAUUUCUCUAUGGAAUUUAUUUCACAAUCUAUACAGACCAUAAACCAUUAGUAUCGAUUUUUCAGAAUCCAAAUUCACAUUGCCCUGCACGACUAGAACGCUAG